AUGUCUUACGCCGAUGCAGCUGCAAAGGGCCCCAAGCAGUCCCCUGAGGAUGUAAGCGUGAGUUAUUUAAACCGUGCUCCCCCUGUGGGUGGAGUCUACCACGAUGAAUCCGAGAGUACGGCCUCGUUGAUCGACGUUGAUGGGCCCCAUGUGCAAACUGUGGAGUCCGACUUUCUCAAGCAGGAUGUCCAAACCACCACCCAGGCUGAGCGGAUACAGCGUGAAGCCGAGAAGAAUGAGAAGCGCGAGGACGAGGAAAAGAAAAAGAAGGCCAAGGCCCACAAGGCGAAGAGCAGUGGCAUCUGUGAAAACUCCUGCAACCCUGUCUUCCUUGCUAAUGCCGCCAUCGCAACUGUGAUCGGCGCAGGCCUCGGUUUCGGUGCCUACAGGCAACACGCGCGGGGCAACCUCUCCUGGGAGCUGGUCGGACUCUCGGCCGGUGCUGUCGGAGUGUUUGGUGCGGUGGACUACCUUGUCAGCAAGUAA